GGUUGAAGUUGCCCCUAGACGCUGGUCUUGGGUCAGCUUUGCAUUUCCCCUGCUAAUGGUUAAGGUUGGGAUUGAGGAAGGGGAAGCUUAUCAUAGAUCUGCACCUAGGGGAAAUGCCACCCAAAAGUCGGUGUCCAUCGAGCCAUGAAAUCAACAUCAACAGAACAGUAGGAUGUUUCGUCAGCACUUUUCUGUGAACAAUGGCUGGAAAAACAUGGGUGGGCUUAGGUCUCGCGCUUUAACCCACUCCUGUUCAUUCCGGAGAACAGCGUAUUGACACUCUUGGCUGCUACUCACUAGUCCUUGAGUUUAAUUUGGCUCUGAGGCUCCUCUCCAGUGUCCUCUCUCCACCAUGAUCUUCCUACUGCUCUUCCCUGUCCUCGUCUUAGGUGAAAAUCAAUUACAAAGCAAUGUCUCAUCGAAUGUAACAUUUGAAGAUAAUGAAAGUUUUCAGGAUCAGGAGCAUUUCCAUGUUUUUCYCCACUGCAAUGAGAGCCUCCUAGAAGAAGUCAUCUACUUCAUMUGCAGGGAACAGUUUCUCUCUGAAAUGAAAGACAUCAACAAGGAACUCUGGUGUGAAUGGGACCAWGUCAUCAGACAAUACAAUGAGCUGACCAAAUGUAUCGAGAGCUGCACCACCUACUUAGGAUGUUACUUCCCGAACCAAGUGGUGCAAGACUUCUUCAUCCAGAUCCAUUCCAGCUUCUUCCAGGCAUGUCCGGAGGAGGAGCAGUUAUUUCCUGAUGCCCCCUCCGGUGUUGUGCUUACCCUUACCCUCAUUCCAGUSAGUCUCAUCCCCAUCUUGGUUUUCCUAGUGGUCUGGAAGAGCAAGAUCUGCGACUAAGUUGGAAAUGUUGAAUAUGUGCUUUUUGAAUGUGUCUUAGGUCCCUUCCUGAAACAGCCCCUAACAAUAAUUCCCUCUAAGUAUUGUCUUAUAAUGUGUUUAUUUUUWAAAUAUUUUUAUUGUAUGUAUAUUAAGAUUGUUUCUAUUUGUAUAUUUGUAAUGUUGCAAAAUACAUUGACUUAUUUCUUUCACAAAAAAGUAUUAUAAUUGUGUCUAUUCUGAAACAACCCCAUGUCAAUAUAUUUAUAUUGUAAUACAGUAUAAGGGCAAGGGUAUAAGUAUAAGGGUACCUAGAAUUAAUUCACUGUAGAUGGUCUGUAGUCAUAUUUAUAUUUACUUUUAACAUAUUCUAUUAAAAUAUUUACUUUUUACUAUA